AUGGAAUUCUUUGAAGAUGAAUUUUGGUAUGUUGGAAAUCCAAUAAUCGAAAUUUCUUAUAUUAUUCCUAGCCUCAUUUUCUGCGCAAUUCUCGCAUGCAAAAUUUAUUCGAAAAACGAGAUUUUGGUGGAAAAUCGAACGAGAAUUAUUGUUUUUGAGUUUUGGUUGGUCAAUUUUCUAUCGAUUCUCAACAAAAUUCUCGAUAUAUUUUGUAAAAUCAAGGAUACUUAUACGUUUUAUGAAGAUGAUUCGAUUUCGGAGAAAAUUACGAGGUUUUUUUGCAACAUUUUCUCAAAAAACCGCCCCAAAAAACUCACAAAUCGCAUUCCUCCAGUGAAAACCUGUUUUUAAAUACAAAAUAACAUUGGUCCGCGAGUCAAAAGCGGUUGAAUUCAACAAAAAAACAAAAUUUUCAAAUAAAAAUCUUUAUUUAACAAGGAAAACAACGAAAAACCGCGAGAAAACAUUUUCGAAAAUGAAAAAAAAAGAAAAACAAAACUACGACACUCCGCUUGCCUGUUGUUUAUCGUAUUUCAACAGAGCGGCGGUUUGAAUUCGAUUUUUUUCAGAAAAAAAUGUUUUUUUUCAGCUUUUCCUUUGUAUCCGAUAUUCUAUUCCAAAAAUCCUCCAGUAUCUAUCUAGAAAUCGCAAUAUUUUUCCAAAUCUCUCGAGAAAAUAUCGCCAAAAAAUACUCGGAUCUACCAACUUACCCAAAUAUUGUCAUAUUUCUAGCUCUUAUUUAUUUCAGUUACAGUUUAGGACCAGUUUUCUCGUAUUGUGUGGACACGAAAUACGACUUUAAAUACGAGACUCAUAAGAUUUACAUGCAUCCCCUGUUAUUUCUAUAUUUCCUGGUUUCCGUCAAAUUUUUAGGCUUGAAAUUCUAUGCACAUUGUUUUAUGGUUCCCCUGAUUGUUUCACUGAUGAUUCGAACAAUUAUCGAAGUUUUUAUAUCUCGAUUUUCUAG